UUGAGUCAACCUGUGUUGAGUGUGUACUCGUGUACUGUAAACGCUCGACAGCUCUUUUUGUUCGUUUAUUUAUUUGAAGCCAAAUGGGUUCGAGUAAAAGACAUAAAACGGAUAAAAACCGCGAUGGGAAGAAAAAGCGGCAUCGUAGUCGGAGUCGCUCGAGGUCCUAUUCACCCGAACGAGACAGAAUGGACAAGCACAAGCAUCACAAGAAACACAAGAAGAAAGAUCGCAAGGAUUACGAUAGCGAUGUGGAGAUCAUCAGCGCUCCACCACCACCCAAGAUUUCAAGAAUCUCAACGCACUAUUCGACAUCUCCACCAACUGAGGUUCUUCAUGGGGGCAAGGACGAUAGGCAUUCCCAUCAAAGCAGAGAAGACAGGUACAGCGGCCAAAGUAAGGAGGACAGAUAUGGUCAUGGAAAAAAUGAUAGGCCGAGUAGACAAAAGAAAUCGCCUUCUCCUGCUGAAAGUGGAAAAGCACAUGCAUCUCUUUCAAUCGAGGAAACUAACAAACUGAGAGCAAAACUUGGGUUGAAACCUCUGGCGGUUGAUUCAGGUCCCAAAGAAGGCUCUGACAUCAUCAAAGAUGAUUUGGGAGAAUUUCGCCACAAACCGGCUAUUAACACAGCUGAAAAGGAAAAAACGCAGAAAAUCAAGGAAAAACUCGAUGUUAUAAAACAGAAAAGACUAAUCGAAUCUUCGUUAGCUGCCGUCAAGACCCUAGGUGAUGAUGAUUCGGAUGAUGGUGAUGCGUCCGAGUGGAUAAAAAAAAUGAGGAAAAUCGAAACGGAAAAGAAAAAAGCAGCUGAAAGAGCUAAACUCUUGGAUCAAAUGGAUGAAGAAUUUGGCAUAGGAAAUUUAAUCAAAGAAGACGUCAACAAUGAGAAAAGAAACGCCUACACUGGCAAACAUUUAAAAGGACUCAGAGUGGAACACAAUGUGUCCGAUUUCAAAGACGGCAGUUCCAUCAUUUUGACGUUGAAAGAUCAGGAUAUUUUGGCAAAAGACGACGAUGUUCUUGUUAAUGUCAACAUGAAGGAUGAUGAACGUUACAAAAAGAAUGUACUAAUAAAGGCGAAAAAGCCUGGCUACGACGCGUUUGAUGAGAGUUAUUAUGAUGAAUAUGGAAUGUCGAAAGCCAAGGUUUUAGAAAAAUACGACGAAGAGAUAGAUGGAGAAAAGCGUGAUAGCUUCGCCAUUGGUUCAGUUGAUUUAAAAGCAAUGAAAGCCCGUGAAGCUGAAAUUGUGAAAAAUCGAUUGGCGAAUAAACGCCUGGAAAGCUUAGAAUUCACAAAUCUUAAAAUGGCCACUGAUUACUACAAUGAAGAAGAAAUGGUGAAAUUUAAAAAGCCCAAAAAGAAAAUUAAGAAAAUCAGAAGAAAAUUUAAAGCCGACGAUCUUAUUCAAGAUAAUAACGAUUACUUGAAAGAUUUGGGAAGUAGAAGACGGCGAAGGGAAGAACCGACUGACAUUUUAGAUGUUGAUGAUGUAGACGCACCCAAGGAGGAUCUCAGCCGGAUAAAAAUCGAGGAUGAUGAUCGCGAUUUGGAUCGGAAAAUAAAGCAAAAAGCUCAGCGUUUAAAAGGACCGAUUACGUUGUUGAAACCGGAAAACAUUGCAAUCGGUAUAAAACAAGAGAUGGACAAGGCAGAACCUAAUGUUGUUGGAAGUAGUGGCAGUAUCGUUUUAAACUCAACUGCCGAGUUUUGCAGAACACUUGGAGACAUUCCAACUUAUGGCCAAGCUGGCAACAGAGAAGAAAAUCAAGAAUUUAUGGACUUUGAAAUGGAUGAAGUUAAACCUGAGUAUUCAGAUGACGAGAUGAAUGAGCGCAGUGCUUGGAAUUCCGUGGAUGUGGAGAAUAGCACAGAUCCUGCUGCUAUGGAAGCUGCCAUUUUAGAUGCUGAACCAUCUCUUGAUCACGGCGUAGGUGGGGCUUUGAAAUUGGCCAUGAGCAAAGGUUAUUUACAAAAAGAAGACUCAAAUAGACCUUCAGCAUCUCGAUUUGCUCAUCUCAAAGCUCAAAAUUAUUCUAUAGAGGACAAAGCAUACGGCGAUGAGGAUAAAUUUGGCCGUCGUGAUAGAUUUAAUGGUCCUACCAUGGAUUUCAAAGAAAAGGAUACUUUUAGACCUAACGUUAAACUAGAAUACAUCGAUGACGAUGGGCAUGUUUUGAAUGCUAAAGAAGCAUUUAGAUAUUUGUCCCAUAAAUUUCAUGGCAAAGGUCCUGGAAAAAAUAAGGUUGAAAAACGAAUGAAAAAGGCAGAACAGGAAUGUUUAAUGAAAAGGAUGUCUUCUACAGACACUCCAUUAGGAACAUUAACACUUUUACAAGCAAAACAAAAAGAAACACAAUCUCCAUUUAUUGUUCUCAGUGGGAAUAAACACAUGCAAACGGCUAGUAUAUCAAAAAGCAAGAAUUAACUUGUAAGUAUUCAGGGAACACAAUAGAAUACAUGGUUGCUCUUACGAAAAAGUUAUUGAGAUGAGGUGAGCAAUGUAAUUAAUUGAUUGUCAUA